GCACUUUGCUUUCCCUCUACCUCUCCUCUCCUUUGCUGCAGUGUCUACAGCCUUCCUCCCCAGAUAAGUGUCUUCUUGUCUCUCUCCACCACCGCUCCGACGCCUCCUUGACUCACCGCUCCCUGCUCGCCUAAUAGAGAGAUAGAGGGCAAAAUAAUUCAGAAGCCUCCUUCAUUUCCUUUUUUUUUACUACAGCUUCUUGGAUUUGGAAGAACUGCUGCUGCUGUUUAGAGAGAGAGAAAGAGAUCGGGCGCCGCCCAGGCAAGGGAAAAAGGUACUAACCUUUCACUCUUGCCAAUACCCCCUCAGAUCACAGAGAGAGUGGGACAUGGCAUCGUCGAGUACUUCUUCUUCCAACUCCCCCUGCGCCGCCUGCAAAUUCUUGCGGAGGAAGUGCAUGCCAGGCUGCAUCUUCGCACCCUACUUCCCCCCAGAAGAGCCGCAGAAAUUUGCCAACGUCCACAAGAUCUUCGGGGCCAGCAACGUCACCAAGCUCCUCAACGAGCUCCUCCCCCACCAGCGGGAGGAUGCCGUCAACUCGCUCGCCUACGAGGCGGAGGCCCGGGUGAAGGACCCCGUGUACGGCUGUGUUGGGGCCAUCUCGGUCCUCCAGCGACAGGUCCAAAGGCUCCAGAAGGAGCUGGACGCCGCCAACGCCGACCUCCUCCGCUAUGCUUGCAGCGAGAUCCCUACAGGGCUGCCUGUGCCGCCCUCAUUGGUGUCACCAAUGGGCACAUAUCAGAGAAUUGAGUACGGCAGGAGGGUCGGCAAUGGAGGGAAUUCCUUCUACCAGCCUUCCGGCAUGCCGGUGCCUUACCCUCCUCCAUGGACUACUAACAACCUUACGGGAGAUGCAAACAAUCCAUCGGGAGAUGUGGAUCAAAGAGAAGGAGGGGAGAGCAGCAUGUGAAAGCUUCGAAAGAAUUGGAAGGCAUUUUAAGCUCAAAAAGACUGGAAAACCUGCACCUUCAAACUAGAGUCAAAAGUGAAGUAUGAUCUCUCUGUUUAUUAUAGGAUCUAGGACUGACAUGUCCCUUUCCUGAAGGGCAAAACAAUGCGUAGGACUCUAGAGGUAUCCCUUUUUCUUGGUUUCCCUGGCUUAUAUAUUCUCUUCUUUAUAGAAAACUAUCGUAACCACAUCUUAGGAAGAAGUUGAUUGAUCAUUAGUUAUGGGAGACAUGGCAUGUAAUUUCCUCCGCUUAACUAGUAUAUAUGUAUAUAUUUAUAAACCCUAACUGAAAUUUUAAAAUCCAAGUAUGUUAUCA